GCUUCCGCUGAAGAGAAGAAGCUUGGAGGUAAUGGCUGUCGUAAAAGCUAGUUAUUUUCGGAGAUUUCUGGAGACUUUGAAGUAAAGCCUAGGUUAAUAUCAGAGAUGCACAUGACCUUGAGAAUCUGCAUGUGAUACCAGUUGAGCCUCAGAAAGGCAGUGCGACCACAGAAGCGUCGAGCAGGGAGAAAGUUCUGCUGGACAAGCAGUUGGAGUGAGUGAGAAUCAAAACAACUGGAACACAGGGCCAGCCACUCCACAGUCCACGUGACACUGGGUAAGGCUCUUCCCAUUUCGAGUUAAAAAUAUGUUGAGAACUUGGGGUAUAAUUCAUUUUGCUUUCUACUCUGCAGUCAUAGCAUUUUAAAUUAAAAUCCACAUUUCCUAUUAAAAUCAUGUUAGGUUGAGAACUUGAGGUACAAUUUAUUUUGCUGCUUGUUCUGCAGCCAUAAGGUUUUGUAAUUAAAAGUCACAGUUUCUAGUUUGGGGGAAAAAAAACUCAUAUAUUAAACCACUAUGAAGAAAUCGUGCAAGAGGCUAUUCAGGUGUCUGCCUGAGGUUCCAGCCAGUGGCCGACUCUCCAAUCCUUGACAGCUAUGCUAGGUUGUCAUCACCACUACUAGAUAACAUAGUUACAAAGAUUUCUUAAGACCUGUUUAAGGUCUUACGACCUUCCUUACAUAGAUAUCUGUAUACUCUCUUGAAUAAUAUUUUGUAGUAGUUUAACACAUUUAAAUCUUUCCCAACAACCAUCACAAAUCUCUGAUUCCUAAAGUCAUGGUCUUAAUGACGUUGUUGGUGCUGAACCCUACUAUCUGUGUCCAUGAGAUUUUUGGUUGCUUUGGACAGACAGGGCACUACUGGCAGCUUAAGAAACGUUCAAGCCCAGCACUCCUUCAUGAUAACCCAGUGAAGUCCAAAAGGCCCAAAUUAUCCAGGAACACAAAUAACGUCCCUGACACCACCAAAGUCCCUCCCACACACAUUCUCUUCCUAUAGUAUAAUAGAAAUGGUAAAGAUAGGAUAUGGGGUUUGUGUUAUCGUAAUACUUCUCUGUUUUUGUUCCCCUCCCCCUAAAUGUGUUCCAUGUCUCUGAAGUCCUCUGUCUGAUACUCACUGUUUAUUCUUCUGAUUUGUAUCUUGUCUCCAUUCUCAUUGACAACAAUCUUUCUGCUUAGUGAGGUAAACUUCUUAUCUGAUCCUUUUUCUUUUUUGCCAUGUUUUAAUCUAAUCUGGUUGUCACUCAUUGAAAACAGUUUAUUCAAGCUAUUUUGUGAAGUUUCAGAAGGUAAGAAGAGGCAACAACAGUUUUAAUUUUUAUUUGGAACGUUUGGAUUUUGAGGAGCCUCAAUGAAUAACACCUCCCUUUCUCCACUGAACAAAUUGAAGAAAUUGAUAUAAAACAAAUGAAGUUGCAAAUGGAAGCCAAAAUGUCAGCUUUUGUACAAAGGGAAGGUAAGUUGCAGAGCAUUGAUUAUUGUGAGUCAAGUGGGCCUUACAACACCAAAUCUGAACAAAUCUACCAAACAACCUAGAGGCUUGCAGCUGUACAAGAAGGACAGAGAUACCUUAGUUGCACUACAUGAGCUUGCUCACAGGGAAGUAAAUAUCGGGAGCAGGGAAGAAUUAUUCCCUCCGAACAUUGUGAAUUGCCUAUUUAUGUCCUUUGAGCAUUUUUUUUUACUUUGCUGUUUAUUUCUUAUUAAUUUGUAAGAUUUACUUUAGAUUAGAGAUUUUUUUAGUUGAAAACAGAUUUGUCAAGCUUGUUCUUCUGUUUUCAACUUUGGUUUAUUGAGUUUUUACCACAGUUUUCUUUCUUUUUUUUCAAUUUCAGUAUAUCCAGAUACAUAUCUUCUUUCUUUAAGGAUUUUAGUUGACGUUUUAUGUUUGGAAAUGACUUUAUUGAAAAACUAUGAAAUGUUCUGAAGGAUGAAUGAGACAACCUGAGGAAAAAGAGAGACAUACCAUCUCCCAGGGCCAGAAGAAUUAAAAUGAUAGAGAUUUAAUUCUCCACAAAAUAGUGUAUUAAUUCACUACAAUUACAAACAAAGAUCUAGCAGGUCUUAUAAUGGACCUUGACCAGCUGGGUCUUAAAAUCUUUUGUAGAAAUAAUGUGCCAGAAAGAACAAAAAACAACAUAUAAAAGAGAGAUUUUUAACUGGGUUUUUAUUAUAUGAUAAAGGGAUUUGCUACUUCUUUGUAGGUAAUCACCUACCUCUGUGGUUUGAAUGGAAAUUAAAGAGACACAUGUUGCCAUUUUGCUUUCAAGUCUUUCAAAAAUGGACGUUUUUCCCCUUUAAGUGAAUUAGAGUUAACUUGGCGAUUCUCCUCCCUCUAAUUGAGGGAAAGGCCCCCUGCUUUCCCCAUCAUAGGGAGAGGGCGGAGCAUUCUCUGAGAAGCUUGGAUGUGAGCUGUGCCUGGCCAGUCUUGGGGGAGGGGCUGCAUUUCACGAGGCUGCAGCUGACAAGAAGCUUCAAGUGGAAAUUUUCCUGGACCUGAUCAAGCGCAUAGCCUGGUUGCUGUGUUGGCUACAGCCCUGCGUGUGUCUUCCUUACAACUCAUUCUUUCAGACCACAGCUUAAGUUAAUAUCAGAGAUGCACAUGACCUUGAGAAUCUGCAUGUGAUGCCAGUUGAGCCUCAGAAAGGCAGUGCGACCACAGAAGCGUUGAGCAGGGAGAAGGCUCUGCUGGACAAGCAGUUGGAGUGAGAAUCAAAACAACUGGAACACAGGGCCAGACACUCCAUGAUCUGUGUGACAUUGGUGGAAAUUUUCCUGGACCUGAUCAAGUGCGUAGCCUGGUUGCUGUGUUGGCUACAGCCCUGCGUGUGUCCUCCUUGCAACUCAUUCUUUCAGACCACAGCCUGUCUCCUUUUGGAGUGAGAAUCAAGACAACUGGAUCACAGGGCCAGACCUUCCACGAUACACGUGACAUUGGUAUCUUCCAUAUUGUCCCAUUCAAACAACGUGUUCAAGCAUCCUUGGGAAUUUCAGCUGGAGGCGAACAGGCCACACAAGGUGUAAACCUUUGUAGUUUUAAGACAAAAGAGGCUUUGGUAAGACUAUUGUUUUUGGUAGGAACUGCCUUAGCAGUGACAAGAAUAGCCAGACACCUCAAUCUCUGAUAAUAACUUCUUGGUCUACAAAUCUAAAUCAUAAUGGAUACCGAGUAUGUCCUGUGCAAUUGGAAAGACCAGUUAUGGCCAGCAAAAGUUUUGUCCAGAUCUGAGACUUCAUCAAACAGUAAGAGAAAAAAGACAUUUUCCCUAGAAGUUCAAAUACUCUCACUAGAUGAUAAAAUUCAAGUGGAAAGCACAGAAACAAAGAUCCUAAACAAAUCUCAGAUUGAAGCCAUUGCCUCCUCACUAUCAGCACAGUCAGAGGUCGGUACUCCACCUAAAGAGGAAACAGACUAUGGAAGGUCACUAAAAGUGGCACUGGAUAUUCUGAAUGAGAGAGCAAAUUUGAGUCAAGCAAGCAGUUCAGAUGAAGAAGAGACCACUACACUGUCUCAAAAUGUACCACAAAAUCUUUCUGAUUCACCACCUCCUAAAAAGUAUCGAAAACACGAAGAAGACUUAUUGAAGUGUCUUGAGGAAAGUGAAAAUCCAACAUCCCUGUUAGUAUCUUCAGAGAAUAAUGAUUCCUUGUAUGAUGAUAAAUCACAGGUACAUGCAACCACUGAUAGUAUUCCGAGUGAAAUGGAGACAAAGUCAUCACAAAACUCCAGCUGGCACCAAACUUUUCCUUCACUUUCAAAAGAUGAUGAUGAUGAAAAGGAGAACAAGAAAAAGAUUCACAUCUCAACAGUUAUGUCUUCGCAUUCCACAAUCAAAGAGGAGGGUGCAUGUGUUAAAGAUGAAAAGUUUCCUCCAACUUUGCCAUCAGAUAUCUUGACUGUGCCCAAAGCUUUGAAAGAGGACACACGGGACAUCUGCCCAGAGACUCUGGCUAUUUCCUCUGAAUGCCCUACCAUCUCAGAGAAUAUUGAAGAUCCUGGAGAGGGUCCAUCGAAUCCAUGCUCAGAUACCAGCCAGAAUCAACCUAUUGUGGAAUCAGAGAUGGGUGCUGCGGCAUCCCCCGGGCGUUGUUCAUGGGAAUGUCAGGUUUCACUUAGUGCCUCUAAUCGUGUCCUGGAUUACUCACUCCUUCUUGUGAAUAAUGAAAGAAAUCUUCAGAGACUGGAUUUUGAGGAACGUGGGGAAGAAGUUCAAGCUUCUGACAAGUCAGUGCAUCUAAAUCCUAUUGACACUUCUGUAUUAGAUGAUAGUGAGGAAGAUGAAGAACUUCCACGCUUUGUUUUUCAUUAUGAGCCACGUUCAUUUGAAACAGGAAUGAUAGUCUGGUUUAAAUAUCAAAAAUAUCCCUUCUGGCCAGCAGUGGUAAAAAGCAUCAGGCGAAAAGAGAAAAAAGCAAGUGUGCUUUUUGUUGAGGCAAACAUGAAUCCUGAAAAGAGAGGUAUUAGAGUGCCUUUUAGAAGAUUAAAGAAAUUUGAUUGUAAAGAGAAACAAGCACUAGUGGAUAAAGCCAGAGAGGAUUACAGCGAAAGUAUUGACUGGUGCAUCUCGCUGAUUUGUGACUACAGAGUUAGAAUAGGUUGUGGUUCUUUUGCAGGCUCUUUCCUUGAGUAUUAUGCUGCUGACAUUAGUUACCCAAUUAGGAAAGCAAUCAAACAGGAUACCUUCAGGAACUUAUUUCCAAAGCUGCAUAAUGAAGAUUCUGUGGAACCGAUGGUUGUGACUUCCCAGACCAAGAAAAUGUCCUUCCAGAAAAUUCUCCCUGACCGAAUGAAGGCUGCUCGGGACCGAGCCAACAAGAACCUAGUGGACUUCAUUGUGAAUGCAAGGGGAACAGAGGACCAUCUUCUAGCCAUUUUAAAAGGCACUAAAGGCUCCAGGUGGCUGAAAGCAUUUUUGAAUGCAAAUAGGUUCACGCCCUGUAUUGAAACAUACUUUGAGGAUGAAGAUCAGUUGGAUGAGGUGGUGAAAUAUUUACAAGAAAUCUACAAACAAAUAGAUGAAAGAAUGCUGACUCUGAUAAGAGAUGAUAAAAUAAAAUUUAUCCUAGAAGUUCUUCUGCCAGAAGCAAUCAUUUGUUCAAUUUCUGCUGUUGAUGGAUUAGAUUACAAGGCAGCCGAAGCGAAGUAUCUAAAAGGGCCAUCUCUAGGAUACAGGGAAAGAGAAUUAUUCGAUGCAAAAAUCAUAUUCGAAAAGAGACGGAAACCAUUAACAAAUGAAGCUCGUUAAAUCUCCUGAGAGUCCAAACCAUAACAGGAAGCUUUCAUAGAUAUUACUUUUGAAAGAUCUCUGAGCAUUUCUCUCUAACGCAUAAAUAUUUUCCAGAAAUGGGAGACUUUGGGUAAUGUGUUCACUAUUUUUUGUGUUCUAGGAUCUGUAUUACUACAUAUUCAUUUCCUUUGCUUAUGCUUCUUCAAAGUCAAUUUUGUUAACAUAUUUCAGCAGUUCUACUUUCCUGUACAUUUUUAGAAUGCAUAAUUCCUGAAUAAGUUUUAAGGGAAAGUACUAUUUUGUUUUUUGACAUUUUUGUGUCUAUGCUGUAUAGUUAAAUAGAGUGUGCACAAUCAUUUUAAUAUUAAAAUUGCACUGGUAUUAGAUAUUACGCAAGAUAAUUAGAAAAAAAGUAUAAAAAUGUCAAUUAUAUAUUUUUGCUUAAUUUUUAUAAAAUAUUGGGUUUUCUCUUAAGAUAGUUUAAUUAUUUUUCCUGCCAUGCCUAUUUAUUUUUGGAAAAAAUAUUUCUGAAGCAUAGAACCAAAGAUAGAGAUGCUUUGCUAUAUAUUAUAGCUAACUGCAGUUGCUUUUGCAAGAAAACAAUCUAGAAUUCAAAAAUAAAGUAAAGGGAUUACCUGCAUGCAGUCUAUAUGUGUGUGAAUAACAGCUCAGCAUGCAGAAAAUAAUUUUGGCAGCCUUGAACAGGAUUGUUCAUUCUACACUCCCCUGAAAUUCCGUUUAUGGGAGUGUCUAUUAUUUAAUAGCUGAAUGGUUUCUUAAAACAGACAGGCUUUUGGCUGUCUUCAUAACUAAGAGUGACUGUAUCUUAAUAUAGCCGUCUGACUACAUGUGGAAGGCAGCUAGAGUCAUUGUAUUCAAGGUCUGGCUACUCUAGAUAUGAGUCCAGGCUGACUGCUUAAGAGCCCAUCUUGUUUGAUAUAAACUGUAGAAAAUGCAAGCACUUUGUUCUGAGUCUUAUAUCUCCAAAUACAUAGUCAUUGUUUCAAACCAAGCAAUCUUUCAUCUGGCUUUUUCGUAGAAUAGUUCCAGUUAGUUCCAAUAAUAUAAACGCCAACUGGUAAGUCAUUCCAGAACUACUAGAAAGAGUAGAUGGACCAGAAUCUGUGAAUUUGAAAAUGGGUCACAGAGAAAGCCUCCAUUUGGCCAGAUAUGACAAUUAUGCAAAUGUGUUUAAAAAUACACAAUUAAAAGUUAAAGUCUGAAGCCAAUGAAGUGUUUAUUCUAACUUGAAACAAGACUUUAGUGAGAAUAAAUGUUUGUUAGGAGAGCUACUUUAUUUUAAAAACUUGACAUAAAAUUAAAUGCUAAAGGCUUAACAUGAAGCUGUCUGCAUUUUUACUCUUAGAGUGAGACAACUAUCACUCUUGGGCUUUUGUUAUGUGUUCACAUGGCCACAUGUUUAUGUGCAAGUUGCAAAAGUUCGAUGUUUUGAUUUUCAGUAAAACCAUAUCUUUCACCUUGGAUGUUCACUUCAUCAUACUUCAGAUUGUGCAGCUACAUAAAUGGUGUUUCUGUAGAUUUAUAUAUAUGUGUGUGUGUGUGUGUAUAUAUAUACACAUACAUAUAUAUAUAUAUAAUUUGUUUGGAAUUUUUGCUUGUUGUAGUUGUCAUCAUUUUAGUGCUUGUUAUACAUUAUCCUAUCAUUCUAAAUAAAUAUUCACUUUCA